AUGGCUACUCUCAUAUCCACACCCAUUAAGUCUCACACGGGGAUGUUUUCGACCCGAACUGCAGGAGGACGAAUGCCCCUAACACCUUCUCCUCGCAUUCGUCACAAUCACAACGUGCACAACAUGCCUACAAAUACUACUCCUGAUCUAAGGCAACAUGACUACGAAUGUGCUAAGGGUACGGCGUCAGUUUAUGGUGGAAAUUUAGCCUCUCAUUUCUCCAAAUUAACCAACAACAGUUUGCGUCGCGACUCGCCCAAAUCAAACAUAGCUCGUGGUGCUCAUACGCCUCGGAGGGCUCUUGAAUUAGGAGUAUCUGAUUUUACCUUGACUGGAACUGGUGUAAAAACUCCUCGCAGCAAAAGGAAGGUUCAGCCAAAAGCCCCCCAAAGACAAACGUCAUUAAAGAGUUCACUCUCAUAUGGAGAUCGUUUCAUACCCAAUCGUACCGCCAGUGCAGCCAUUGCCACCGCUGGCCUAGGGAAAAUUGAAAGCGGUGACAAGAAACCAAAGACAACCAACGGUGAAAGCUCAUCAGUACUUUCAUCCUCUGUUGACGAUGCACUCAACGCUAUGAAUUCUUUAACCUUGAGCGAUGAAAAAUCUAUCACAUAUUCCAGGACGUCACCAAAUUCAGUCGCUUACCAAGACUCUAUAGCAUCAGCUUGUGGAGUAUCGCUCAAUCAACGUAUACUCGCCUUUAAGCCUGCUCCACCAGAGUCAUCAAAGCCACUCGACCUUCGUUCCCAGUACAACCGUCCCUUGAAGAACGCAAACAACGCAUCUUCUCAAGCUAGAAGGAGGGUAGCCACAGCCCCUGAGCGUGUGCUUGAUGCUCCAGGUCUCAUAGAUGACUACUACUUAAAUCUCCUCGAUUGGUCAACAGGAAAUCAAGUUGCUAUUGGGUUAGAGCGAAACGUAUACGUUUGGUCCGCAGAGACCGGGACAGUGAGCUCAUUACUUGAAACUAGUCCCGAUACCUAUAUAAGUAGUGUGAAAUGGUCUGGAGAUGGUGCUUACGUCAGCGUUGGCCUUGGAACUGGUGAAAUCCAGAUAUGGGACGUUGAAGAGGGAUCUAAACUUCGAAGUAUGCAUGGGCAUGACACACGAGUAGGAGUAAUGGGCUGGAACAAACACACCCUUUCCAGUGGAGCUCGAUCUGGGCUUGUGUUUAACCACGACGUUCGCAUCGCUCAGCACAAAACUGCCGAGCUGGUUUCUCAUACAUCUGAAGUAUGUGGUCUCGAAUGGCGGGCCGAUGGUGUACAACUUGCUACUGGGGGGAAUGACAACUUAGUCUCAAUCUGGGAUGCCCGAUCCCUCGCCGUUCCCAAGUUUACUAAAACAAAUCAUAAAGCAGCUGUAAAGGCUCUCAGCUGGUGCCCUUGGCAACCAAACCUCUUGGCCACAGGAGGUGGCUCGUACGACCGACACGUACAUUUCUGGAACACAACUACUGGUGCUAGAGUGAACAGUAUUGACACCGGAUCUCAGGUAACUUCCCUUCGAUGGAGUCAGAAUUACAAGGAAAUUGUAAGCACAAGUGGUUUCCCAGAUAAUUCGCUCAGUAUAUGGUCCUACCCGACCUUGGUUCGUAACAUAGAGAUCCCUGCACACGAGACCCGUGUUCUACAUAGCUGCCUCAGCCCUGAUGGUCAAAUGUUAGCAACGGCCGCGGCUGACGAGAGUCUAAAGUUCUGGAAAAUAUUUGAGAAGAAAGCAGGCUCUUCUUCAUCUGGAAGCUCUGUCACGUCUGAAAAGACGACCAAUACCAUGGUCAAGCAAAUGACCAUACGAUAA